CAGAACACUGAAGAACACUUGUGCAUGAUGUUGAUCAUGUAGUUUUAGUUGUUAUCGGUUGUGAUUGUUUCUUAUGAUCUGGUCGUUCAAAUGUUCAGAUUCCUAGAUUAGAACGUGUAGAUGGAAAAUGUAAAUAAUGUGCGGAAGAACGGCAUGCUCACUGUGUGCAGAAGAUGUGCAGAAAGCUUGCAGCUUUAGAGGUAAAAACUCUGACAAGUAUCAGCUACCAAACUGGGCCAAUAAUAUCAAAAACAGGCAGCAGUACAGACCAUCAUACAAUGUUGCUCCAACAGAUGUCACUCCUGUCCUCGUGUCUGGCUCUCAUUUCAGUGGUGAAUCUGAGAGAAUGCUACAGCCUAUGAUGUGGGGUAUGGUCCCAUCAUGGCAUAAGGGAGACUACAGAUCACAUGGACUAUCAACAAACAACUGUCGUUUAGAAGGUUUACUAAGUUCUAAACUAUAUUCAAGGCCAUUCAGCAAGGGUCAGCGAUGUGUUGUCGUGUGUGAUGGCUUCUAUGAGUGGCAGACUACUAAAGGGAACAGGAGUAAGCAGCCAUACUUUAUCUACAUGCCACAAGAUGAAGGGGUCUGUAUAGAAGAUCCAGCUACAUGGUCAUGUGAUUGGAGUGAAGUUGGUGGAUGGAGAGGUCCAAAACUUUUGUAUAUGGCUGGUCUUUUUGAUGUAUGGACAUCUUCAGAGGGGGAAGAAAUAUACAGUUAUAGUGUGAUAACGUUGGAUUCAGAUAAUACAUUGGCCUGGUUGCAUCAUCGCAUGCCAGCCAUUCUGGAGGGAGAACAAAUACAAGACUGGUUGGAUAUAGAACGAGUGUCUUCCAGAGCAGCGCUUGCAAUGAUACGUCCCAUGAAGUUACUAACAUGGCAUCCAGUGUCCACUCUGGUCAAUAACUCUCGCAACAAGGAACCUCAGUGCAACAAACCCAUUACCCUUGAGAAACCAAAACCAGCUUCCCAAAGUCAAGUCUUCAUGGAGUCAUGGUUGAAGAAAGGAACUGUGAAACAUGAACUGGACAAGCUGGAAAAUGAAUCUGCAAUGUCACCAGAUGAUUCAAGAGAUGAGAGUCAUCUGGUAAUGAAGAAAAUAAAAAAAGAAGAGACCAGUUCAACCACAUGAGACAAUUGUAUGAGUUUGUACAGGUAUACUUCACUUAACAAUGUUUGGUUCCCUGACAAUGACUUAUUAAAGAUAUGGUGAUUUUCCAUAUACUCCUAUACCAUCUGUUUCAUACAAUAUAUUUUUUCUAUCCCCAACGUUACUUAUUAUCAGUUCCCCUUCUUCUCACAACGUUUCGGUCAUACAUGGCCAUCAUCAGGUGUCUGCUGUUUCACUGAAAUUGUUGCAUUACAUAGUAUGUAAAAAUUUUCAUAUCAGGUGUAAAUGUGAUUUAAAAUAAAUUUACCAUAAUUAAAAUGAAUAAAACUAGUAAAAAUUAAUUAUUUCAAAGUAUUCUUGGGGUCAUCGCCCAUAUAUACCAUAUGCCAUAUUUUGCAUUAAAGCUGUAAUAGCAGUAACCUAGCCAUUUAGCAGCAUAAUGCUAAAAGUGCAAGUUGACAUUUCCACACAAACAAUGAAAAAACCUAUGGAUAGUUUAACUCAUUAUGGUAGCGGUUUUGAAGUAUGAGAAAAUACAUUGGGGCUAGGUUUACUUCUGGAAAAAUCAACAGCUAGUGGGGUAAAAAAAAUCCCUGCCAAGAGUACUCACCGCUGAUACUAGUAUCACAAGUGUGUUAAUUAGGCAUUCUAAGGGCGAGUGCACACCAAGGAAACUGGCAACCGCAAUUUCCAAGAAAUGUUGC